GGGAAACGGAGAAACAGGGCUGCGGCCUAGCGCGGCCCGGCUCGGCCCCGGCUCGCCCAGGCUGUGCUCAGGCUCUGGCUCCGCGGGGCUGAGGGAGCGCGGGGCGGCCGCACCUGGCUCCCUGCUGCGCCGCUCGACAAGGGGACGGAAGGAGCCGGAGGACGCCCUGCCGCAGCCUGUAGCAGCAAUUCUGGGCUGCUCAGUGGGAAAAGCUUGCGUUUCCUGAAAGGCGGGAGAGCUUUAUAUUAAGGAUAUGGUGACUGACUUUGAUGAAAAACAUGAUGAAUAUUUAGUAUCCCUUCAGCAGAGAAACCGGCUACUGAGGCAUGUAAAAAGAAAGGAUCCUACACAAAUCAAACUGGAACAGUUAGAGCAAGGAUUUUCUCUGUAUAUGAAUGGAGCUAAUUCAGAGCUGAGAAAUUACCACAAAAAAUUCAACUCGCAUGGCUACCUCAAAAAUGAGACACAGACCGCCAGGACAAAUGCCCAGCUAAAAGCAAGUGAGUUGCAAGAACGCAGCAAACAGACUGCACCAAGCAAAAUACAACGCAAAGGAUGGCUUCAGAAAACUGUGGAGAUUAAAACAGAAAGGGGGACUAAACUCUGCGUUAAACCUCCUCUGGAAUACUCUGAGGAUUUUGAACCUUAUGAAAGCUUGAACAUGGAGAGAAAUAGUGAUGAUCCUCUCCAUUACUCUCAGAAACUGAAAAACAGCUUGCAGCUCAGUGUAGAAGAGAAAAAGAUGGAAGAAGACUCUGUUAGUGAGGAUUAUGACUCUGUUGAAGAAGUGAUUUCAGAACCAUCUCCUACUGAGGAAACAUCUACGAGCUUAGGAGGCCUUCAGUUGCAUAGCAGUAGAUCGUUGCAGAAAGAAGCUUCUGAACAUCAGGAUGCUGGGAGAUGCUCUGACCUUGAUUCUGGUGCCCUUACUGUGUUGGAGUACAAGCAGGAUCAAAGUAAAUUGAAGCCAGUACGAGUUCUCUCAUCAAAAAGAAAAGAUAAUGCUGAAAUGUACAUUCCUGUCAGACCAGUUGUGGUAAAAAAUAAAAUCAGUCGGCCACUCUCUGCUGAGUCCUUGCAGCUGGAAAGACAUGAAAGAAUUUGCUAUAGACCAUUAAGUCGACCAGAAAGACCACUUUCAUCAACUCGAAGGAAUGUGUGUGAGAAGGAUUCUGAUCUCUCUGUUUCAGCUGUGCUUAAAGCUAUGCAAAUUGAAAAUGAAGUCUUGCAGAGAGAUUUGCAAAGACAGUCUGUUUCCACAAAUCCUCAAAAGGAGUUUUCUGUUUCAUCUGUUCUCUCUGCAACGGAUGAACCUUCAGAAAAAAGCCAGGCAAAGGCUGCACUCACAAAAGCUGUUGAGAGAAUUUGUCCUUUUGGAAGCAGACAACAACAGAAACUUCUGAAAGUCCUUCAGGAGACUGAGAGCCAUUCUGCUUGUGACAAUGACAUAUUCCUUUCUGAUGAAAAAUCUGAAGCAGAUUCCAUUUUAAGAGAGAAGAUGACAAGUGUGGAAGUACGUGAUGCCAUUUAUGUGACUAUGGAACUUCUUUCUAACUGGGGAAAUCCGGUAAACGUUGGCUUGAGAGAGGUGGAAUUCUUUGAUUUAUGCAAUGAAAAGAUAUUUGUGUCUCCUCAUGAUGUGGACAUUCGAAAUGCUGACUACCCAGGGGAUUUGUGCUGCUUGGUCAAUCAGAACUUAAAUACGACAAAGGAAUGCUUCCUUUGGAUGUGCCCUUUCUAUCCUCCCAUCCAACUUUACUUUGUUAUCCGCAAUCCCACCCGGUCACGUGACUUUGGUAUAUCCAAGAUCAAGAUUUGGAAUUACAACACAACAACUAGUGACCUUGAUGUUGGAGCAAAGAAGGUGAAAUUAUAUGUUGAUGAGAACCUUGUAUUUGAUGGUGAAUUAGAGAGAGCCUCUGGAGAUCUUAUCGCUGACCAUAGCACUACAAUUGACCUUACAGAUUGCAAGCAAGAUAUCGAUACCUAUCCUUCAAAUGAAGGGAAAGAAAUAAAUGCAGCUGCAGCCACAGACAAGAAAGUGGACCUGCAAUUUGCAUGUUUACAGUCAAAAUGUACUUCACUAAACUGGAAAUCUCUGCCAGAAGAAAAUCACAUUGAGGAUAAGGUGAACUCAAACAGCUUUACUAAGGAAAAUUUGACUGAGUUAGAGAAUGAUCUAAAAGUGUUCCCAUCUCACAUUUGCAUAAAAGAUACCAAAGAAAAUGCACCAGCACGAGAAGUUAUUGAGCAUGUUCAAUCUGAUGAUGAACUUUCUUUGAGUGAGCAAAUGGAAAAGCUAACGGGAAGAAAAUUGUCUGAUUUUACAGGUGGACUUCCUUCUUGGUUACAGCCAUCUUCCCAAGUAGCAGAGAAUAAUCAAGAUGUUUCCAGUAAGCAGAAGCCUUCCUGGCUUGCUACAGAACAUGGUUUAGGCGUGAGGUUUCAAAAACAGUCAGAUGUAAUCAUGACAGACUUUUCAGACAGGACUAAUGAAGAUGUCAAAUGUCAGAGAAAUGAGCUGGGAAGAUCCAGAAGCAGAAAUACAAAUGGAGAUGAAAAAGUAGAAAUGCUAGCCAGAAAGGAUGAUGGUGUUGGCUUAGACAUUUCAGAGCAGUUUUCUAACAAACAUUGCAGCAGCUUAGAGUACCCUACAAGUGGAAGGAGAAGUGUAAGAAAGCAGGGAUUAAGCACUAUAAAUAUUAAAGAAGAUGAUUUGGCACCCAAAGAUGAAGACUUUUCUAUCAAGGACGUAGCCACCUCUAGAGCAAAGUGGCACAAUGAACAAGAACAUACUCUGCAGGAGUCCUGGAACUCCUUGGUAAAGUUUAAUUAUUCCCAUCGUGGCCGAAUCUCUAACAUGGAUUUUCAAGGGGAUAUCUUUGAUGAAUUUCUCCAUCAGCAGAAAAUCAACCGGACUGGAGAAUAUCAUCUAAUGAAAAAAGAGGGAAUACAAACACUACCAAAAAGGCAAGAAGAAGAAAAUUCAGUGGAGGCACAUGAUGGAAGUGAUUUUAAAAUCCCUGUUUUACCUUAUGGGCAGCACUUAGUAAUAGACAUUCGAACAACAUGGGGAGACAGACACUAUGUUGGUCUUAAUGGAAUUGAAGUUUUCAGUUCUAAAGGAGAGCCUGUUCAGAUUGCAAAAAUAACAGCCGAACCACCUGAUAUAAAUAUAUUACCAGCUUAUGGCAAAGAUCCCAGAGUGAUAACCAAUCUAAUUGAUGGGGUAAAUCUGACGCAGGAUGAUAUGCAUCUUUGGCUAGCACCAUUUACCCCUGGAAAACCUCACUUUAUCUUUAUUGACUUUGUGAAUCCUUGUCAAGUAGCUAUGAUUAGGAUUUGGAAUUAUAAUAAAUCUCGCAUACACUCUUUCAGAGGUGUGAAAGACAUUAUAAUGAUGUUAAAUGAACAAUGCAUCUUUAAAGGAGAAAUUGCGAAAGCUUCAGGAACCUUGUCUGGAGCUCCAGAGCACUUUGGGGAUACUAUAUUGUUCACUACUGAUGAUGAUAUUCUUGAAGCUGUAUUCUGCUAUGAUGAGAUGUAUGAUGGAGAAACAGAAAAUGACAGCUCCCUGAGAUAUGAAGAAGAGCUAAAGAGGCCAACAACUGCUGAUGGGGAUGGAGAUGAAAGACCUUUCACACAAGCGGGAUUAAGAGCAGAGAAUCAACAGGUUCAAAAGCAAGUAAUUCUGCCAGACUCUUUCUCUGAAUGUAUACCCAAGGAGCCAGGAAUAUUUACUGGAAAGUGCCUGCAACUGAAUUUUACCAUGACCUGGGGAGAUUCUCAUUACCUUGGACUGACUGGACUUGAAGUGAUAGGAAAGAACGGUCAAGCAUUAAAAAUAAGUACAGAACAGAUUUCUGCUUCACCCCAAGACUUGAAUGAUCUUCCAGAGUAUACAGGAGAUUCCAGAACAUUAGAAAAGUUAAUAGAUGGGACUAAUAUCACAGCUGAGGAUGACCAUAUGUGGCUCAUUCCCUUCUCUUUUGGAGAAAAUCAUCUGCUCACAAUCCAUUUUUAUAAAAUUGAAAAUAUUGCAGGGCUUCGCUUUUGGAACUAUAAUAAAUCUCCAGAGGAUACCUAUAGAGGGGCUAAGGUAGUCCAUGUAAUGCUGGAUGGUCACAGCAUCUCCCCACCGGAGGGCUUUCUUAUCCGCAAGGGACCAGGCAACUGCCACUUUGACUUCGCCCAAGAAAUUCUCUUCCUUGACUAUCUGCAGCCCCAGCUGAUUAAUAGGGUACAAAAGAGGACUGGUUCAAAGAGAACGGAACAAGCUAGUAUGGACUAUGAAGCACCAUUAAUGCCAUGUGGUUUUGUUUUUCAGUUUCAGCUUCUGACUACUUGGGGUGAUCCAUACUACAUUGGUUUGAAUGGACUGGAGCUGUUCAAUGAACAUGGAGACCAAAUCUUACUGACUGAAAAUAAUAUUGCUGCUUUUCCAGAUAGUGUCAAUGUUUUGGAAGAUGUAUCUGGAGAUGUCCGAACUCCAGACAAACUCGUUGACAGAGUAAAUAACACAACCGAUGGCAGACAUAUGUGGCUUGCACCAGUUCUUCCUGGUUUGGUGAAUAGGGUAUAUGUUAUAUUUGAUGUACCUACUACUGUUUCAAUGAUCAAGUUAUGGAAUUAUGCCAAAACACCUCAGAGAGGUGUGAAGGAAUUUGGUCUUCUGGUGGAUGACUUGCUUGUGUACAAUGGGAUUCUGGAUAUGGUGAACCAUGUUGUGUCAGGCAUCCUACCAACCUGUGACCCAGUGGUCCCAUACCAUACCAUUCUCUUUACAGAUGAUGAAAAGAUUUGCCAUCAGAAGAGAAGUGUUAUUAGCAAUCAUAUGGGAGAUCAGGAUGUACGAAUGAUGAAUGAAAAUCAGAUUAUCACAAACAGUAAAAUGAAGCAGGUUGUGGCUGAUCCAGCUUUGCGUCCCAAAACCUGCAUAUGUGAAAAAGGACUGCAGAGGAGGAAGAGAUAACAUGGGAUGGUGGCUAGAAAGUCCUGAAUACAUCCAGCCCUAGAUAAGUGUCAUCUAGCUCUCCAAGAUACGCAUCACCUAAAUGGAAGUUAUUCUGUGUUUUCUGAACCACUUCAUGUCUUAUGAGAGGAAGCUUUAUUUGCUAAAGGAGAAUUUUCUUCAGUAAUGAAAUUUAAAGCAUGAAUUUAGUUUCCAGGUUCUUUUAUUGUUAUUAUCUACACUGUAUGAAUUUUCUCCCGUCUCUUAAUUGAAAAUCCAUAGAGGAAGAAACAUAUAGGAAUGAGUGAGAACCUCACUGCUAACUGACAACUGUUCCUGCAAAGUACCAAGAACUUGGGUGAAGCAUGAUGGUCAUAAUGAGGUCUUUUAGAGUAUUUCUUAAGCUUUAACUUUGAAAUCCUAGCUGGUUGGUUGCAAAGCUUCACAUUAGGAGGAAGCAUCUGCUUUGUUACUGAUGAAGUAUCCUGUAAAUAGUUCUUUGGGAAAUGCACUUAUAAGAAAUAUUUGUUACCUCUCUGUGUCUAGGCUGCCAACUCUGUUUUCAUGCAAUGUCUCUCUAGUUGCUGACACUGUCUAUGAUAUCAGAAGAGGUUCCACUGGGCAUGCAGACAUGUGAUGAUUGUUUUUAGAAAAUGGAGGUCAGAAGUGGGUUUAUCAAGGUUUAAUAAAGAAGUUUCAGCUGUCUCAUGCCUAGUUUUUUUUGGUUUGUUUGUUUGGUGUUUUUUUUUUUUUUUCAGUGAAAUAACCAUUUCUUUCAUUAUUUCACUUUCACAAAAAAAAAACAGCAAAAAAUAUUUUUUCUGAAGGAGCAUCCACUAGUACUCUACAUAUGCUCCUGCUACAGAACAAUGCUCUUUUCUCCAGUUUUGCCUGCAGUUGGUUAUGUGAACAAGGAGGCUGUAGCCCUGGACUGCACCAACGAGACCAACUGCCAGCAAUGUAUCAACCCUUUUGAGAAAUGGUAAAUGCAUUUUAACUAGCAGAUGGUAAGGAGUGAACUGCAUUUUUAAAAUACAGAAUACCCUGAAUGUGUAGUCAUUUAACCAGAAAUUCUAACCAAAUUGUCAUGCUGCAGGAUUUCUAGCUAUGCAAAUGUGCUUUUCACUGAAAAUUUGUCAGUGGUGACAACCUGUAAAUCUUUUAUAAGAUCUCAUAGAACGUUCUACCUUUCUUAUUUAGAACUCGUUCGUUGUUUCCAGAUAGAACUGAAAGCUCUGAAAUGCUUUUAUACAUCAGAGAUACACUAUUGCAGCUCCUGAUAUAGAAUCAAAAUGUGCUGCUUCCCUUUCUGUAGUAAGUCAGGAGUGCAGUAGUCUGUAUAUUUGCUUAUAAAAUACUUAGCUGUUGUUGGCUAAGCUGUAAAGACCGAAGAUAGUAAUGCAGUUCCUGGAUUUUUGUGUAUUGAUUAAGCAACAAAAUGUCUCUUGUACUAAAUUCAAAGCACUUCUAAACGUAAAACAGAUGUCUAUUUCUUUAUAAUAUCAAUAGAAUUUGUUAUGGAAUUUAAUUAUUGGUAUUGUUAUUAGUGUGACAAGUGUUCUUGCUUAAAAAGUAAAAGAUAUGAAUAAAAUACAUUUUCACAAA